UUUAAGAAAAACAUGAAAACUAUUAAAUUAGGACUACUUAUUUCAAAUUUGGUGCCCAAAACCCGGGAAACUUGAAUGUAAAAUCAAAAAGUUAUGGCGCCAAUUUUUGUUAUGCCAAUGCAUAAACUCAUUGAUGCAAUUGAGUUCAUCUCUGGAAAGGAAUAAAGAUGUCAAAAUCUUCGCGUUUGGACCUUCAUAUCACCGAUUCUGAGGCUUUGGGUCUUCUUGAUUCAGCUUCAUUUCCUUCAGAACCACCUAAUAUCAGAAACUGGUUCUCGAGCUACGUGUAUGAGUCCCCGGAGUUGGAUAGCUCUAGUUGUUUUCAAGAUUUUGAUGGGGCUGGGGACACUUGUGGCAAGGAAGAAAUCACUGGGAAAUUUGGGGAUAAUCACCCUACAGUUAGUGCCAAACAGGUGAAACCUUGUGAUGGGAUUGAGUCGAAUGAAUUUGAUGAUUCAGGAUGUUGUGAAUCCAGUGCCGUGGUUUCGGGAUCGGCAGAGUCCCUUUCAUUUCCUUCAGAGCCUCCUUGCAUCGGGAAUUGGUUCUCAAGUUAUGUCUAUGAGUCACCUCCUCUGGAUACUGCUCUUGAUUUCGCAAUUUCAGAUUGUGAAGAGAGGGAAUAUGAUAAGUUAGAUGUGGUAGAAAAGAGCGCCAGUCAGAAUACAAAGGAUUCAAUGGCAUCUACAGAUGUUAAAAAAUCAGAGUUGUGUGCACUAAAGAAUACCUCGGAUGCAGUGGUGAAAGGCCUGAACGUAGUAAAAGGUACCAAACUGGAUUAUCAAUCUAUGUGCAAGGAGGAUGACGAUGAUGUUAUGCUUCAGGCAUUGCCUUCUAUACCAAGUCUAUCUAGAUCGGAUAAGGUUUCCAAACCAAUGCUGUUUGGACAAAAAGUAGGAUAUAGUAACUACCAGUCUCUAGAAAAGAUAGGCAGCACAAAUGCACAUGAUGACGAUUAUGAUGAAGAGUUGCAUUGCAAAUUUUCAAGGAGAAAUCCAAUAUCAUUCAGUAUGGAGAAAAAUAAAGGCAGUCAGGAAGAAAUCACUGGGAAAUUUGGGAAUAAUCACCCUACAGCUGGUUCAAAUGGAUCUGAUGAUUCGGGAUGUUGUAAAUCUGCUGCCAUGGUUUCUGGAUCGUCAGAGUCCCUUUCAUUUCCUUCAGAGCCUCCUUGCAUCGGGAAUUGGUUCUCAAGUUAUGUCUACGAGUCACCACCUCUGGAUACUGCUCUUGAUUUCGCAAUUUCAGAUUGUGAAGAGAGGGAGUAUGACAAGAUAGAUACGGUAGAGAAGAGCGCCAGUCAGAAUAUAAAGGAUUCAAUGGCCUCUACAGAUGUUAAAAAACCAGAGUUGUGUGCACUAAACAAUACCUCGGAUGCAGUAGUGAAAGGCCCCAACUUAGGAAAAGGUACCAAACUGGACUAUCAAUCUAUGUGCAAGGAAGACGACGAUGAUGUUAUGCUUCAGGCAUUGGCUUCUAGAUCGGAUAAGGUUUCCAAACCAAUGCUGUUUGGACAAAAAGCAGGAUAUAGUAACCACCAGUGUCUUGAAAAGAUAGGAAGCAUAAAUGCGCAUGAUAACGAUUAUGAUGUAGAGCUGCAUCACAAAUUUUCUAGCAGAAAUCCAAUAUCAUUCAGUACGGAGAAAAAUAUAGGCAGUCAAGAUGAAAGAUCUGUUCAUAGGCCAAUUAAAGGAACUGUUCACGUUAACGAUGGCCAUGGAAACAAAGAUAUCGAUAAAACUGUAUCACCUCGAACAAUUGAUAGGAUUGUACCAGGAGAUAGUAGGGGAAGUCAAGCUGACAGAAGAAGCACUGGGAAAGAAAAUAAGGUGACUGAACUGCAGGAACGUGGCUUCAUUUCUGUAAGGAAAAGGAAUUGUCAAGAAAAUGCGGAGAAUGUGGCAAGGCUCAGAGUUAAAGUGGAGCCUUCGAUAAAUGUCGAGAAGGAUGACAGCAUAGUGAGAAAGGUGUUAUCUGAGAUUUCUAACUUCCAUUCUGGGAAUGCAGUUGCUACUACAGGAAAAUGGUGUUGCCCGAAGAAGAAUAAACCGGACCUCAGUCCUCCUUUGAAGCAGCUUCGGCUAAAUCAAUGGUUUCGUCGCGUAUAAGUUAAUGUUUUCGAGUGGUACAUCUGUUCGUUUCCGAGAGUGCUGUUCAUCUCAUAAUUAUGUGUAUGACUGUUUUUCUUCAGUUAAGCCAUGUGUUUAAGACAAUCCUGCAAAAUGCAUAACAUGAUGAAACCUUAAAUUGGGUUUUGUAUAUGUCGUGUGGAAACUCAUUUGUGCAGAUUGCCUGAACUAAAAACUAUGAGAAUUGAGAAAAAAAAUGUUAAAGGUCGAAAAGUCUUGCUAUUUUUAUGUUAAA